GCGGAAGUGACGAUAGGAGAAACGAUCUUCCGUUGUGUUACGUCACUUCCUCUCCUCAGCUUGCAGCGUGUUAAAAAGGACAAUGGCCGCAGAGACGGAGGACUACCCGCACGAGAUCGACGAGCAGCUCACGGGCUUCGACUCGUCCGCCACUUCUGUCAAGACCAUGUUGGAGCAGCUGAUGUCCAUGAACAUGAGCGACCUCCAGCAGAAGCUGGAUCCUUUGGAUCAAGCCAAACUGGACCUGAUGUCCGCCUACACCCUGAAUUCAUUAUUCUGGAUGUACUUGGUCACAAAAGGGGUAAAUCCCAGGGAACAUGGAAUCAAGCAGGAGUUGGAGCGAAUCAGGACGUACAUGAACCGAGUGAAGGAGAUCGGUGACAGGAAGAAAGCUGCCCGUCUGGACAAGGGAGCGGCUGCACGCUUUCUCAGGAACGCUCUUUAUGACGCAGAUGAGAAAGAUUCUAGAAAGAAAGCGGUAUACAGAAAAAUGGCAGGCGCAGCAUCUGAAGGCCCCAAGUCAAAGCAUCCGAAGCAGAGGUGAAGGGAGGAGGAGUUGUACAGUCUGGUUCCAUUACGGUUCGUACCACCGUCUGGGCAUCGAACACUGGAGUUGAUAUGUUGGGUCGCUCACCAGCCAGGCUCCUACGUUGGUCACACAUCGUUGGUCGUUGUUUUCCUGCAGCGGUCAGUGAAUGUUGCCAACACAACAUCCAGCUUAUCUGAACAAAUUUCUGGACAAUGAUCCACGCAGCUGCUCUAGAGUUAAAUGGAUAUGAUGGUGUAAUAUUUUACAGUUCUCUUACCAGUUUUAUUUGAAAAGGCAGUAAAUCAUUAAUUAGGUCCAUGCAGGUCUUGAAUUAUCAUCUUAGAUUAUGUUUCUUUUAUACGAAGGAGAAAUGUUCAUCGUACCUGUGUAUUUUCAAAGUGAUUCUAUGAAUCACGAGUCACAUUUAUCCUCUUUUUACACUCGUCUUUUUUCAAACUAAAUUCUGAUAAACUGUCAGUGAUGUAUUUUGUUUAAAAUGGACUUUUGCUGAAAAAUACAAAUAAAAACCUGACGUUUGAGUGUUUUUAUGCUGUU